GUAUUUAAACGAACAACGACGAGCAAUCACUCAUUUCUAAAAAUUAUUUAUUGAGUUUAGUUGUUUUUAGUUUUUUUUAAUUUUAAUAUGGUUAACUUAAAUGAAGUAACUAUUCUCAACUCGGUUUUAAUAAACCUUCAAACAACAAAAGAAAAACCAAACUUCUACAAUCCACACCAUCAUCGAAAUGUAAAACAUCCUACCUCGAAUUUCGAAACUUUUAUACAUUUCUUAAAAGUUUGCAUAGGUAUAGGUGUAUUAGCUAUGCCUAGUGCAUUUCGAAAUGCUGGUUAUGUUGUAGGCACUUUGGGAACUCUAAUAACUGGUUUUAUUUGUACUUACACACUACAUUUAGCGUUUCAAACUUCGUAUGAAUUAUGCAAGAAAAAAAAAGUGCCAAGUUUGACAUACUCAGCUUGUGUGGCGGCGGCUUUCGAAGAAGGUCCACAACUAACUAGAAAAUUUGCACCCUUUGCUGAAUUUAUUGUCAACUUUUUUUUAGUUUUGAGCUUAAUCGGUUCCAAUUGUGUGUACAUAGUCUUCAUAAGUACUAAUAUUAAAUCGGUUGUUGAUAAUCAUUUCACAAAUUCAAUUGACGUCAAGAUGUUUAUGAUUUACCUAAUUAUCCCCAUAACAUUGAUUUGUUGUAUACGUAAUCUCAAAUUCCUUAUUCCAUUAUCAUCAGUUGCCAAUUGUUUGUCUUUGUUAAGCUUUGGAAUCAUAUUCUACUAUGUCUUCAGAGAUGUUCCAUCACUGAGUUCAAGAGAGCCUGUUGGUACCAUUAAAAAUAUACCGCUAUUUUUUGGAACUGCUCUUUUUGCUAUGGUAUCCAUUGGAAUGAUAUUCCCACUGGAAAAUGAAAUGAAAAAUCCCGAAGGAUUCUGUUCUGUCUUUGGUGUUAUCAAUUGCGCCAUGUUGUUCAUUACAAUACUGUUUACAUUUGUUGGGUUUUUUGGCUACUUAAAAUACGGCGAAACUAAUAAUGGCAUUAUUACAUUGGAUCUACCUGCAAACGAAGUGCUUCCUCAACUGAUGAAGCUUAUGUUAUCCAUAUCUAUUUAUAGCUGUUAUUCUCUGUGCAAUCAUGUGUCUAUCGAUAUUAUAUGGAAACAUUUUGAAACAAAAAUGGAAAAAAAUGAAUACAAGAUCUGGUGGGAGUAUACACUGCGAUUGUCCUUAGUUCUAUUAACAUUUUUUUUAGCUGUUGUUGUGCCAAACUUGGAAUAUUUAAUAUCAUUUAUUGGUGCUUUCUGUUCAACUAUGGGCAUAGCACUUCCAGCUAUCAUUAAUUUAUUAACGUUUCUGGAUGUAUAUAGGAAACAAGGAUGCUUACGAUUAAGCCUGUUUAUAUUGAGGAAUUUCCUCAUUGUGUUAAUUGCCAUCUUUGCAUUUAUUAUUGGAGUGUCCACUUGUAUUAAGAAUAUUAUAGCUAUCCAAGAGUGAUCACAUCUAGAAUAA